AUGGGUAAAACGUACUGCUGCUUGAUAAUACUUGAUGGACACAGAGUUUGUGCUGGAUCACAUAAAAUUAUCUAUUCACUCCUAUCCAAUGAUGAGCAAGCUAUAAACAUAAGUUGUAAAUUAAAUCUAACAAAUCCACGUUUUAAGUGUCUUAAAACCGAUAAAUGUAUUUUAAGACAACUGCUAGAUGGAAUAUCUCAAUGUGAAGAUAAUUCAGAUGAAACAUUUCCCAUUAAAUGUACUGAGUUAGAUGAUAUUGGCUGUCAAUAUCCUCGAGGUGACGAGUUGUUGCUUUCUUCUAAGUUUACUUCAUACAUUAAUUUUCAUGAAUAUUGUAAUGGUUUUACACAUGAAUAUUAUUUUUUGAAAAAUGAAACAGAUGAAACGGAUUGUAAUGAAUUAUGUCUUACAGAUUAUACAUUAUGUGAUGGUGCUUGGAAUUCAGAAUGUGAAAUAAAUGAACAUUAUUGUUUCAAACUGAACAUAAACGGUGCUGUUGAUUUGACUUGUCUAUCAAUUGAACAAGUAAAUAAUGACAUCAUUGAUUGCUUGGAUUCGUAUGAUGAACGAAAAUAUUGCCGUGAUCAAAAAGUUUCAUUACAAUUGGAAGCACCGAUGGGUUUUCGUUGUUGGAACAGUAAUAUUUGUAUACAUGCAAUAAAAGUAUGUGACGGUGUUACUGACUGUCCAUCGAACGAUGAUGAAAUGAUUUGUCCUUGGAGGAAUCUCAAGUGCUUGUUUACAUUUAACGCGGUUGUAUGUAAAGAAACAGGCGUUUGUCAAAAGCGUUGUACGGGCAAAUUUGCCUGUCUUCAUAGUGAUGAUGAAUGGCUUUAUGACCUUGAUAGUAACGUAAAAGUAAAUCCAUUUCAAAUAGAUUACUUAAGUGAAUAUCCACGUACAGUGGUAAGACGGCCAUCGAGCAGAAAAUUAUCAGAAAUUUUGAGUGUACAUGGUAUUAUUUACUGCAAUCGAGCCAUUUUGGUUGAAUCAAGAUAUCAGCUAAGUUCAAUAUAUCAAAAUUUCAAAAGACAAUUAUGUUUGUGUCAUGAUAGAUGGGCAGGCAAACUUUGUGAUAAAAAGUCACGGAAUGAUAUUUGUGCCAGUAAUAGUUGUGAUAAAGGUGCGAUGUGUGUAGGUACAGCAGUAGAAAAUUCUAUCUGUAUUUGUCCACUUGGUCACACAGGAUAUAGUUGCCCUGCUCGUUACAAUCCAUGUAAGAGGAUUCAGUGUGCGAAUCAAGGUCAUUGCCUACCAUUCGAUGAUCGAAUAUUAAAAUAUAUUUGUGUUUGUUCAGAAGAUUAUUUUGGUGAUGAAUGUCAAUAUAGUAGUGCAAAAGUGUCAAUUCAAUUUCUACAUAUAGAUAUUUCAGCUGUUGUCAUACAUUUUGUUGAUCAAAAUUCUUUAAAUGCUUUUGUACAUCGAAAACGGUUUUUAUAUAGAAAUAUUCAAUCGAAUAAAUAUUUGUCAAUUGUUUAUGAAAAAGAGUUGUAUUUUUCAUCAUUCAUCUAUGUACAAAUCUUUGUUGAUAGUGAUCAUUUUUAUGGCACGCAUUAUCUUCUAGCUUUUCUUCCCAACAAAACAAAAUCUAUUGUUACAUUUGUUAACGAACUUGACAGAUGUCCACAUGUAAAAGAAUUAUUAAAGUUUACUUCAUCUUUAAAUGGUAUUAAAUUAUAUCAUAGAAUGUGUCAUAUGAACAAUAAAACACUUAAAUGUUUUCAGGAUGAUAUUUAUAUGUGUUUCUGUAACAGUAAUCGAUAUGCUGAUUGUCUCGUAUUUGAUCAUCGUACUGGUAAUGGUAGUGAUAAUAAUGAAUGUUUAAAUGAAGGUCGAUGUAUUGACAGUGCACAUAAUGAAAUCAUAACUAUGGUUUCUCAAUAUGCUCUAACAUUAGAUGCUCUUGUUGGAACGGAAAUACAAAUUGGUGUGUCAUUAAAUAAUCAAAAAUUAAUAAUCAAAUUAACAUUUACAAUUGUUUUGUUCAUCGUUGUAAUUGGAUUAAUAUCAAAUACUCUAUCAUUCAUAGCAUUUUCUCAAUCAAAAACAAAUGAAAAUGGUUGUGGAUUUUAUUUAUUAUGUAUCUCAAUAAUAAGUCGGAUAAUUUUAAUUGUUCUAGCAGCAAGAUUUUUCUAUCUAUUAAUAACACAAAUAAGUAUAAAACAAAAUUGUUCAAUAAUUUAUAUUGGAUGUAUGGCAUUAGAAUUUAUGUUAACGUUUUUCACACACAUAUUUGAUUGGUUAACUGCUUGUAUUACUGCUGAGAGAAUAGCCGUUGUUGUUGGAGGAACAAAAUUUGAUAAGAAACGAAGUAAAAAAAUAUCGAAACCUGUUGUAUUAAUACUAGUCUUAUUCAUAUUUACUACUACUAUACAUCAACUAUUUUUUACUCGUCAAUUAAUUAAUGAUCAAUAUGAUCGUAUUUGGUGUGUUAUGAGAUCAUCAUAUAGAUGGCUGGACAAAGGAGGGGGCCGCAUAAGGUCGGGAAUCGGCCCACUCUCUUUUUUGACUAAAAAUGGAUCCAUAUGUAGUAAAAAAAGUGCCUCUAUUCCGUUUUCGAUAAAAUCAGAUACUUUUGUCACGUAAAACCCGGUUAAUUCCUG